AAUGGCUUCUCUCCUUCCCUUCUGGGAAGUGGAUCUCGAUCAGUUUAACUCUUCAGCCUCAGGAUCUCUGCCGGAAAAGGAAAAAUAGUGACUGGCAGAAAUCUGGCCGGGGAGGUGAUUUAUACACACACUUCACAUCUCUGGGCUUCCAAGCUGCAGAACCAACCAACCAACCAACCAGCCUUGCCACCCACCGAUGGGUGGAAGAGCAGAAGGGUGGCAAGUCGCCCUCUGAUAUUUUUUUUUUUAAUUUGAUUUAUAUGCCACCCUUCUCCGGAGACUCAGGGCAGCUUACAAUGCGCUAAGCAAUAGCCUUCAUCCUUUUGUAUAUUUUUAUACAAAGUCAGCUUAUUGCCCCCACAAACUGGGUCCUCAAUUUACCUACCUUAGAAAGGAUGGAAGGCUGAGUCAACCUUGAGCCUGGCGAGAUUCGAACCUGCAGUAAUUGCAGGCAGCUGGUCUUAAUAACAGGGUGCUUUAGACCACUGUACUACCAAGGCUCAUCUGAUAUUGCUUUCCAGGCGCGGUGCUUGGAGAAGACUCUUGGUGGGGGAGUCCCUGGGACUGCAAGGAGAUGCAAUCAGGUAACCCUAAAAGGAAAUCAACCCUGAUUGUUCUUUGGAAGGACAGAUUCUGAAGCCGAAGCUCCCAAGUGCUUUGGCCCACCUAAGGAAAAGAGCAGGAUAGCAGAGUUGGAAGGGAUCUUGGAGGUCUGUCUUCCAGUCCAACUCACCACCACCACUCCUGCUCAGGCAGGAAACCUCUACUAUUUCAGACCAAUGGCUGUCCAAUCUUUUCUUUGACAUUUCCAAUAUUGGAGCAGCCGCAACUUCUGGAGGCUCCAAGUCUUGAACACCCAAAAAUGAGUGCAGCAAAAAAAGCAAAAACAGACAGUGGAAGAGCAUUCCAAGAGGCCUGGACGAAGUCAUUUGGAGUGAUUGAACGCAGUGGGAAAGCGUUGUGUACUUUGUGCAACGAAAGUGUUGUGUGUCGCACAUCAAGCGUCAGACGGCACUUUGACACCAAACACAAAAGCGUUGCCGAACUUGGUGCAACUGAAAGAAAAGAGUUUAUUGAAGGGAAAUUGAGGAAAUAUCAUUCCCAGUCUCUUACUUUUUCCAACUAUCUUUCCAAAACAAAUCAUCUGACAGCUGCCAGUUUUCAAAUUUCACUCUGCAUAGCAAAACAUGGCAAGCCUCUCUCCGAUGGGGAUAUUAUCAAAACGGCCAUGUUGUCUAGGUGUAAUUCCCUUUUUCAUGAUUUCCCAAACAGGGAUAAAAUUAUGAAACGCAUCUCUGAGGUGCCACUUAGCAGAAAUACUGUUAAAGAUCGAGUCCGGCGCAUGGCAAGCGAUGUCGGUCAGCAACUCGCCACUGACUUACAAAAGGCAGCCUGUUACUCCAUGUGCUUGGAUGAAAGCACAGACGUAAAUAAUCAUGCCAGGCUGGCGGUAAUUUUGCGUUACGCUGCUGGUGACAUCAUGAGAGAAGAGCUGGUGAAACUGGUGUCUUUGCCUGAAGGAACACAAGGGAAAGAUAUCUACAAUGCUGUGAUGGAGGCUUUUUCGUCACAAGGCGUAAGACCAGAAAAAGUGGUUUCAAUUACGAGCGAUGGGGCACCUUCUAUAGUGGGGGCAGCAUCUGGUUUCGUACAGUUCUUUGUUAAAGAAACAAAACAUCAAGUCAUUCAGUUCCAUUGUAUCAUACAUCAAGAAGCUCUUUGUCCGAGGGAAAGCAGCAAAAAAUUUGACGAUGUCCUCAAAGACGUCACAAAAAUGGUGAAUUACAUCAUGGCUCAUGCUCAGAAUUUUCCACAGUUUAAAGCACUUCUUGAUGAAGUUCAGGCACAGUAUAAUUGUUUACUUAUGUACAAUAAUGUCCGGUGGCUGAGCAGAGGACGAGUCCUGGAGAGAUUUGUAGCCUGCUUGGAUGAAAUUAGUCUGUUUAUGAGUGAAAAAGGGCAGGAAUAUCCACAGCUCACUCAUACGGCCUGGCUUACCAACCUCAUGUUUUUUACAGAUUUUACAGUACACUUCAAUGUACUGAACAAACAACUGCAAGGGGUAGGGAAAACGGCAGAAAGGAUGUUUUGCGAUAUCAAAACAUUUGAGAGAAAACUGCAGGUUUUUGAGAGAGACCUUGAAAGUGGGCAGCUGAAAUAUUUUCCCAAUCUAAAAAUGCAUUUAGAAAAUUUUACAACCUUUGCAGACAAUCCUACAAGCCAUCAGGAAAUCUACAAGGAAUUUUCUAGCAUUGUAGCAGCUGCAAAGGUGAAUUUCAGAAACAGAUUUUUACACUUCCGUAAGAUGGAGACAACCCUGUGUUUUCUUACUUCUCCAGAUAAAGCCGAAUUUGAAGAACUUGAUCUUUCCUGCGUACACUGGUUAGAUUUAGAAAAUCUGGAAAUGGAGCUAUUGGAAUUUCAAGAAAGCUCUAUGUGGAAAAAUAAAUUCUACGGCCUGCGUGAAACACUUGAGAAGAUAGAAAGGAUGGCAAAGGACACCACAGUUAGUUCUGACGCAGUUACUUCUGAAAAUGAAAUCCUUAAAGUGUGGAAUUCCCUGCCGAAUAAUUUUAAGUCAAUGAAAGCACUUGGCGUUGCUUUCCUUACUUUGUUUGGAUCAUCUUACGCUUGUGAGCAGCUGUUUUCAGCUUUGAAUUAUAUCAAAUCCGACACCAGAAACAGAAUAACAGACGACUUGAGUGCUGCAUGUGUUGUUCUCAAACUUACUAAGUACGAGCCAAGGUUAGAAAAAUUAUCAGUGUGCAUACAACAGCAAAAGUCACAUUAAUCAAAAGCAUGCCAAAUGCAAACUUUUCCCUUUCAAUAAAAAGUUGUUUGUAUCAUUGAAA